CCUGUUUACACUCUUCAGGUAUCAUGAAUGGAUGAAGUGUCCUGAGCUGCAGCAUCUGACUGCCUCAGAGCCACUGACCCUGGAACAGGAGUACGACAUGCAGGGGAGCUGGAGGGAAGAUGAUGACAAGUGCACAUUCAUCAUCUUGGAUGCAGCUAGGGCAGAUCCCAGUAUAGAAGAGGAACAAUGCAUGGUGGGAGAUGUCAACAUGUUCCUGACGGACUAAACAGACCUCUCUUUGGCUGAGCUGGAGAUCAUGAUAGCAGAGCCCAGUCACAGAGGCACGGGCAUAGGGAAGGAAAUGACACACAUGAUGAUGCACUACGGUGAGCAUCUGAUCCCAUCUUUCAGAAGGUUUUGAGCAGGAAGACAGAAGCUUAAAGUCACUGUGAAGAAGUUGAAAAUUUCCACACCUCUUGAAUGAACCUGCCCAUUGUGGUCAUCAUUAGUUGGAGAAUCAACCUGUAGUGGAGCAGGAAAAAUAAUAAAUGCAAAAUUGCCAUGAGAAUGCAGA